UUUAAAGACAGUUCAGACAACGAUAUAUCUAGUGAGGGUACCGAUGAAGAGGAAGAAAAUGUUGGAAUACUGGGUCAAGUCACCUCUCCUCUUACAGAAUUUUUGUCCCUUAAACAAGAACUUUGUGAGGGCAAGGCCUCAGUAGUUGAUAAAGAAGGUCUUAGUGAAAAGACACAUAACUCCCCCCUUGUUUCAGUGAUGUCACACAUACUUUCCUUCCUUGAGCAUUAUUCUCAUAUGCAACGGCUGCAGGAGCAAGCUAGUGAGUACCGGAGUCGGCUGCGCCAUGAAGAAGCCCGGCGAAAGAAACAACUGAAGAUGCUACGCAAGGCCUAUCGACAGAAGAUGAGAGACAAGCUAAGCCUAAUUGAAAAUCUAGAGGGGAUUAUUAGUGAGCAGCAAAACCUGGUAUGCAAACUACAGAUGGCAGGAAUAAGGCAGCCAUCCUCCUGUUCUGCCUAUCCCUUAUCUCCUAUUGCCUCUGUAGGGGUCCACAGGCUGGUGGAGUCCAUUAGUGAGCUGCAAGGAGAGAGAAACAAACUGACAGAUGAGCUUGUGAACCUGAAAGAAGAGAUGGAGAGCUGUGAAAAAGAAAAGCAACAGCUGAUGGGGAGCUUUGAGCAGCAGAUUCAGGAACUGAAGCAGAAGAUCCAGGAGAGGGAGGAAGAACUUAGUCAGCAGAGGCUAGAAACCGGUAUAACCGACUCAGAAAAAAGAAUCCAGCACCUUACAGCAGAGAAUGAAAGCCUAAAGCAGGGACUCAGUGUAACUCAGGGACUACUACAGCAAUUGUCUUCCAUCCCAGCUCAGUCUUCUACCCUUCUGGUUAAGGAAAAUGAAGAUCUUAGGACCAAGGUUGUGCAGUUAGAAUUUGGCCUGCAGCAAAAAGUGGAGCAUCUGGUACACCUGGAAAGCCAAAUGGAAAACCUUCGCUGGAGAAAAGAAGAUGAGAUUCAGAGGUUGGAUGACAGGCUACGGAGCUUGCAGCUGGAGCUGAAUUCACAGAGGAACCGACCUCCAGAGAUACAGUAUGUAACUAAAACAGUAGAGGUUGACUCUCCUACAACACUGAAGUCUUUGGCUGAUGCAGAGGAAAGGAACAAGUACUUAAUGGAGCAGGUAGCCUCUCAGAGGCAACGAUGUCAUCAACUAGAAGAUCAGUUGAAGAGCUCUGAUGACGUCACAUAUACUCUUAGAAACAAGAUUUUGGCAUAUGAAGCCGAAAUCGAACAGUUGCGAGACGACCUCUUGCAAGAGAUCAAACACUUGGAGGCUGGAAAAGAACAAGCAGUGAAGGAGGCCUCUGAAUGUUCUGAAAUUCACCUGGAAGAACUACGGGAACAAUUCUCAGGAGUCCAGCAUCGUUUGAAGAGUCUCCAGCCAGUCUUGAAGUCUAUGAAGACAAACUACAAUAGCCUGAGGAGUCAAGUGAAGAACUUCUCUGAGUUUUAUGAAGUUGCCAUUAAAGAAGCCAAACAGCAGAUCUCCACAGUGGUGAGCCAGGCUUCUGAAGUUAACAGAGAUCUACUGGAGAAGUAUAGGCGAGAGAUGGUACUGAGGAAGAAGUAUCAUGACCAGCUAGUUGAACUGAAAGGCAACAUCAGAGUUUUGUGUCGAGUGAAGCCGCUUACAGAAGAUGAUUUGAAUGAUGGCAAUAGUGGGGACUCAACACCUGUGAUGAUUGAUCCUGAUAAUGACUCCAUGUUGACCAUUUUCCAUAAGGGAAGACAAAGAGUCUUUGAGCUUGAUAAAGUUUUUCUACCUCAUGCUACACAGGAAGAGGUCUUCCAAGAAAUCGAACCACUGGUUAUCUCCUGCAUAGAUGGGUACAAUAUAUGUAUAUUUGCUUAUGGGCAGACAGGCUCAGGAAAAACCUACACCAUGGAGGGUCCCUUGGAUAACCCUGGAAUUAAUCAGCGGGCCUUGCAGGCUCUGUUCCGAGAGAUUGAUGUAAGGAAUGGCAUUUGGGUGUACACAGUCACACUCAGUGUAAUGGAAAUUUAUAAUGAAGUCCUCAGGGAUCUCCUCUCGAAAGAUCCACAUGAAAAGCUGGACAUCAAAAUCAACCCAGAUGGCAGUGGACAGCUACAUGUGCCAGGCCUGACGAGCGUGGAAGUCCACAGUUUCAAAGACAUCAGAAAGGUGCUUGCUCUAGGAAAGAAAAAUCGAGUCACUCACUGUACCAACAUGAACGAGCACAGCUCACGAUCACAUGCCUUACUUACAGUGACUGUUACUGGAACAGAUAUCACCACAGGCAAUAAGACCUCAGGAAAACUAAAUUUGGUUGACCUUGCUGGAUCUGAACGGGUCUGGAAGUCAGGAGCUGAAGGUGACCGCCUGAAAGAGGCCCAAAAUAUCAACAAAUCUCUGCUGGCUCUGGGGGACGUCAUUCAGGCACUGAAAGGAAAGCAUACCCAUGUGCCUUUCCGCAACUCCAAGCUGACUUAUUUACUUCAGGACUCCCUGGGAAAGGGCAGCAAGACAGCCAUGGUAGUUCAGAUUUCCUCCCUGGAGAAGAACAUUGAAGAGACAGUUUGUUCCCUAAAGUUUGCCCAGAGGGUCUGCAAAGUGGAACUGGGACCCGCAUCCAGGAAGUUGGAAGCAUCUGGCCAAUAGGGCAUGGAUUUGUAGGACAGUAAAAUGAGACUAUGUUUGACAAAUGAUUGAACGGCAUUCCUGAUUUGUGGUGUUGGACACAUUUCAUGUUUGUGGUGGAUAGCAUUCUCUCAUGAUUUGACUUAUUAGUUUAAUAAAAGUAAGUACCUGUCUCAUGAAAAAUGUAUUGUAGAAAUCGCAGUGAUACCAGCAUUGUAUCAGUUCUGCCGAUAUGGCCAGCACUAGGGGGCAGUCAAUUAUUUAUAGGAUGGCUCCAGCAUUUUACUCCAUUGCACACGUAAGGCAUCAGAAGAUAAAGUUCUAGGUAUCAUGGGCAGUUUCCCUUGGUCAUCUGGAUUUUAUUUAUUAGGGCAUUUGCUGGAUUCCAAGUGUUUUUUCCUCUUCUGUGGCAAAAAUUACUUACCGGGUGUUGACUAUCCACUCUUCUAUUAUCUAACAGUCUUUUGAGUGAAAUAGGUUACAUCCUAUAACCAUGGAUGGAGCAGUUUUAGGCAGGAUAUUCACAGGGCACAGAUAAAGUAUGGGAGACAUAUAUGACAUAAUAUUAAAGUACAAACAGCUUUCAGAAAGCGCGACUGCCCAUAUGACAGAAAAUUUGAGGUAAUAAUGCUGCAUAAAACUCAAUAAAAGCAAGGACAAUUAACACAAUAUCCUUAUAAAAUAGAAUUGUGCCAGUCUAAAGCUUCUUGCUACCUCCUCUCUCCAAUUAUCUGAUUAAACCAGCAAUCACCUUUUUGUAGUUCUAAAGGGAAUAAGCUCUGUUCAUAUAUAUUUCAUUUGACAGCCUUCUCACAUUCAUGUUUUAGCCACCAGGUUAGCCUUACACAGACAGAUUCAAUUUAUUAUGUUUUAGCUGUAUAUUGUUUUCAUUUUAAACUGUCACAUCUUGCUUUAUCAGCUCCACUCCAACAGCAGUUUGUUGGUAACAUUACAGUUCCUGUGAGUUUUUUUAUGGUGUUUACGGUGUAUGCUUCCUCACAUUUGCAAAAGUACCAUGUGAAAUAUUACAGUUAAACUCCUCCAUGUGACAUCUUCAGUCAAAGAAAUAUAUUUUAAGUAUUGUAGACCAGUGCUUGUUAGCAUGAAAUAUUGCUAUAUUAUUAAAUGUCUGUUUUUUUUUUAUAAAAUAUGAAAAGAAUAUCACACCAGACCAGUCAAAAAAGUAAUAAUAAUAAUAAUAGUAAUAACAAUGUUGCUUUUUGGCAUUGUCUUAAAAUAUUGUAUGCUGAGUUGCCAUUGCUAUAAAAUGCAAAACAAAUGACAGAGCUCCACUCAGACCUCCCUCAUGCAUAUUGAAGAGCAGCAUUUACUAGCACAGAAUAACUUAUGUUAGCAAAGUGUGGGCUCUGUAGCUGAGCAUGCAAAGCAGGGUGUCAUAACUUGUGGCCAAUUAGCAAAGUAGUACAACAAUACCACACACACACACACACACACACACACACACACACACACACACACACACACACACACACACACUCAUUCACAGCCAUGCACAGGAUUACAAAUACAGAUGCGCAAACACGCACUCCCCUUACCCCCCCCCCCCACAUACA